UGCACGUUUCAAAUAACUCGUUUGGUGUGCUGGCAGAGAGAGGGGACGGAAAUUCCAAGAUAUGCGGUAUCUCGACGACAGUGGGUUCUGUAUAGAAUCGGGACAUCGAUAAGAGUUCCUCCUCCGUGGUUACCACGUGGUAUCUCAAUUGUAUCACGUUUAGCUGACGUUUAGGGCUGCUUUCAAGGUAACCGGCACGCCGGCCAUUUGGGCCAAGAGCACAAACAGUUCGUGUCGUGCUGGGGUUUGUAUUCCAUGGGAACAGCAUACUUCAUUCUGCGUAUUGUCACUUGUACCCUGCUAUUCACUCUCACGUGUGUUUCCGGAGCAGAACAUGUGGUUCAUCGUGAAGCAUCGUCUAAGGUGGAGCGUCAUUUCUCUGGUUCCAUCAGCCUGGACUGGUUAGCCUCUGCAGUCUCAGGAAUGUUUGGGCGAUUUUCGGGGACAGAAAAGCAGGUUCCGAGUCCGCAACCGAGUCCUCCUGCGGUCAACGAAGGCAUGUUCUCGCUUAGCAAGCAGGUCGGCCUGGCAGGCCUCAACAGACUCGUCAGUGAAAUGAGCCAGCAAGAACGUAGCAAGGCCAUGGAACAAACGCGUAUCGUCUACUGUGACCGCAUGAAUGCCUGCAAACAAGGACAGGACCUCAUCAAGGGACACCAAACUAUGGCUGAGGCUGUACGGGAGGUGGACAUGGAUGCCAAGUACUUGGACUCCAUUUUGAUGGGCAUGAGCGGAGUGGACUGCGAGAAGAAGUACAGGGGCUGUAAGGAUUUUCACUGAAACCACUGCGUGGGUGAACCUCCAUCUUGCUCUUAAUAAACGUCACAUUCAUCACUC